UUUAAGUCGAUGGAGAUAUUAUAGAGAUAUAUACAUAUUCGUGUACAUUUCAAGUAAACAUAUCUUAAAAGUUGCUCUGGAAAAAUGGAUUCCCUACACAUUAUGGACAUGCCCGACGAGUGCCUGCUGAUGGUGCUCCAGCAAUUGGAUGUGAUGAGUCAGUGUUACUUUGCGUUUACCUGUCAGCGCUUUAUGUGCAUCUACGAAAUGAUGCAUAGGCAACAUUUUCGCUGUUUCACCUGGUUCGAGCCGACCAACAAUUGGACCGCUCAGCAGAUUGAGGCAUUUUUCAGGCUGAAUGGCCACAAAAUGCGCAUGUUGUCUGUAUCGGAUUUGCAUGACAAAUAUUUUGAGCAGCCGCUGCUUAGCAAGGCCAAUCAUAUGAUAAACGUGUGUGUGUAUCUCAAGAACCUGCGCUCGCUGAUAUUAUGUAUUGAUCACAAGCUGCCCGAAAUAAUUAUUGAAGUUUGUAAACAUUUGCACAAGCUGGAGAAUCUGGUUAUUGAUUGUGCCAGUCAUCCGAAUUAUGAAUUUUUGGUUUUGCUAAGGCGUCUGAAAAGUUUGGAUAUAGAUUAUUUUGUAAAUCCGCGUGACAAGCUAUUCCAGAGAUUUGCCGAAUUGCGUCCGGAUGCUUUGGAGCAUUUACGCAUUGGUUCGGAAAUAACAAUGAAGCAGGGCAAGCACAUUGCUUAUCUGCGUGGUCUUACGCUCCUGAACAUUUACAAUCCUUGCUAUCAUUUCGUUAACGGCGUUGUCCUUCAAUUGGCCAACUUGCGAGUGCUUAGCAUAACAUCUGCUCAGCAAUUGCGGGACCAUGAUUUCCGGCAUUUGAUCAUGCAUCUUAAGUUCCUGGCCACGCUAUAUGUCAUUCAAUGCCCGGAUCUUGGUAACGAUUUUAUAUUCUUUAUCAUCCAGUACUUGAAGGGGAAUGAAAUGCGGUCUUCCAAUUGUCGUCGCUUGCCAUUGCAUCUGGAGCUAUCCGGCACGUGUGUAUCAGAUGAUAUUAACGAGAUUGAGCCCGUUAACUCAUCAAAUUCCAUACUUAAUGUUGUUUUGAAGCUGAACAAGGAAAUUUGAGCAGGGUGGCAGCUCAGUUAACCUACCGUAUGUCCGUGUAUUGACUUAAGUGUAUAGCGUAGCCAAAGUUGAGGCAUUUUACAUAUUCUUGAAAACAUUUAAUAUAUUUUGUACGUUCGGUGAAUAAGCUGGCA